AUGCAGAACAAAAACUUCUUUGGUUGCAGUAUGACCCUAUACCCACCCGACGAGAGUAGGCUGAUACUUACAAACAACACCGAAUUUCUCGCGUUGGUAGACGAUGGCUACGGGAAAGGCAUCAUGAACUUUACUGAUGAGACUACUGGGCGCCAAUAUGCGGUUGUUGGUCCAACGAUAUCGCCCUCCGAAACAGACUGGCAGGCGACAUCCUACGCCAUAUCGUCCCAGUGUGCGUCUAUGCCUGCUACCGCCUGCGAUAUACAGGUGAACUCGUUCGUACGGGAUGGCCUUGGAAUUCCAUUAGUACCCUUCGACUGCUCCAUCGCUCGCGGCUCGCCGAUAGAUUUCUCAGGGAGCUACGUAGGCGAAUCAAUCUUGUACAACUUUUUUGAUUUCCACAAGCACUUAAAGGAACUCGGCAAGCCAUUUGGUAGGAUGGAAGGAUUAGACUUUUACCCUGAAAACGAGGCCAGAUCCAUUAUACCAAACAUAACAAAACAGGAGAGUGCUCAGAUGUUCCCAAGCACGUGGAGAUGGACCGCAGCCGUUGGUCUGGAUUUAGACGUCGAUCUGGACGGCUUACCAAGAGACAUGAUUGGCAAGGCCUGGCUGAUGGAGCCCGCUGCUACUGGUGGUACAAUCAAAAGGUUGGAAGCACAUGAGAGUAAAUCUACUGUGGCGGGCAUCUCAAUCCUCCCCUCCGUCGACGGCAUGGGAAACCUGGCGGACUUAAAAUUCAGCGUUUUGCGGCAAGUCAAUCCUCCAGUAUCCUUGGGAAAGUGGAUCUCAGACUUGGAACUUGGAAUGAGCACCCUUUUCGCCCAUCCUCUACGCGUGCAUACGGUGCCGGCAGACAGUAUUAUAGUGCAGACAAGAGCCAGAAAGAUUAUGACUAGAGCGCCUGUCGCUGCUGUCUGGCUGCUGAUUCUAGCAAAUCUGUUCUUCGCAGCUCUCGGAAUUGUACUUGCCGUUAUGGCCUGGAGGACAGCCGACCAAGACAUCUACCAAGUCAGGACGCGGCUUGGUGUUCCCGGAUUAGCGGCUGCUCUCUUCGAGAGGAACUCCGAGAACCGCAUCGUCAAGUCUGACAAGGAGUUGUUCCAAGAGAAUGACAAGGACGGACUACCGCUGGUUCUCGUUGGAGUUCAGCAUACCGUUACUGGAGGCAUGGCGUGGUCACUUCGCGACAACCAAACUGGCCGUCCAUGUUUGGCGGACGGAGCGAAGAUAUCGACUGCUCACAUCAGCGAUACCACGCACUCGACUUCAGAAGAGAAUAAUAGCACUGAGGAGGUCGUCCGCAAAUCCGACAGCUACGGUAAUGAGGCUGCGGAACAUCAGCCAAUCUCCGUCGUACCUUCAGAGCCUGUAACUCAAUCUGACGCUGUCAGCCCGAUGCAACAAUCUACUCACUGGGUGUAA